GUAGGUUUGGUUUUGGCUGGGUAGGAAGAUCAUUGAUUCUUAUUUUAGUUGAAUGCAUAUUAGUCUAGGAUAAUUAUUGGUCAUUAUAUGUCUUUGCAUGUGAUGUUUUACAGCUUGAUUAUUGAUUCACUUUUGUUGGAUUAUCUGGUUUAUGUUGAUGAUGAUAGUAGUUGCAUGUGAUGUUUUACAGCAUGAUUAUUGGUCAAAGUGCCUUUUCAGUUUAUCAGCAGCAUUUGGCUAACCGACCUGUGAAUGUUCUUCAUGAACUUCUUGAGUUCAAAAGUGAUCGUGCUCCAAUACCUGUAGGGAAGGUUGAACCUGUUUCAGCUAUUGUGCAUCGGUUCUGCACUAGUGGGAUGUCUCUUGGAGCUAUUUCAAGAGAAACUCAUGAAGCAAUUGCAAUUGCAAUGAACAGAUUAGGUGGAAUAUAUGUAAAAUUGUGUAAAAUUUAGUAUGGUUGAACAAUAUACUGAGGAUUAUAGUUGAUAAUACACUUUGUUUAUGUUUUGAAUUAUAUUGACUUGCUUGUU